AGUAACGAAGUCCACACAUCAACAAUGGCGUAUAAAUUAAAAAAUAACCGCGUGGAUAUUCGCGAGUCGAGUUUAUUCGGUGCGGUCUGCGCAUGAGUGAGAGAGUCGCGACAGUUAAUUUUAGCCCAGUCCAGAAUUUCGCUGGCCUAUUUCAAUUUCGACGCGAACGGCAGAUUUGUGAUCACAUCCCUUUUGCAAUUAUUUCCAUUAGUGACCAAGGAAACGAACUCUAUUACUGUGUAAAUAGCUGUUAAGUUAAUACAUUGAUUAAUAAGUGGAUAAAGUUAUGUGCAAUUGUUUAAAAGUGUAAACAGUGUAACGAAUUAGUGAAAAUGCGAAAAUAUUUACUAAUUGCCACGUUGUUAUUGUCGAAACAAGCUCCAGUGAGCUGUGUCCGUCUCCUGGAGCUACGUGUGCCGGCCCACGCAGCAGAAGGCGGCGAGGCGAUACUGGGAUGUCAGUUCGACAUGGAAAGAGACAUCCUCUACUCCGUAAAGUGGUACAAAGAUGGCAGAGAAUUCUACAGAUACGUACCUGACAGUCAACACCCCAUCAGCCACUUCGCUACUCCGGGAGUCAUGGUCGAUGUGAGGCGGUCGUCCAGUACGGUGGUAACCCUAGUGCACCUGACGCGGGAAUCUGCUGGCCUGUACCGCUGCGAGGUGUCCGGGGAGGCGCCACUCUUCGCCACAGUCCACGAGGAGAAAUAUAUCACAAUAUAUCUGUUACCUGAAACAAAGCCCAUAUUAACGGGAUUAAAAGAGAAAUACAACGUCGGUGAUCGAGUAAGAGCAAAUUGCACAUCAUCAGGUUCUCGACCAGAAGCUCAAUUAAAAUGGCUCAUUAACAAUAGAUUAGUUGGAAAGAAUUACAUACGAGGACCAUGGUAUCGAGCAACUAUGCGUGAUGACGUCACAGAAACUAUUUUAGAAUUGAAGUUUACAGUGGGAUCGCAUCAUUUCAAUUUUGACACAAUGGAACUUAAAUGUCAAGCAACAAUAGCACCAUUGUAUCAACAAGAGACUGUUUAUCAAGUGUUAAGAAAAGAUAUUAUUCCGAUGGAUUCCUUUACGGAUAUACCGGAGCUAGGUGAACAGCCGGUUCCCACUUUUCCAGAUUUUGGCGACACUAGUAAACUACCAUUAGAAGAUGAAACUGAUGCUGCGGGAACUGAACUGCAUUUAGACAAAUUGCUUACAUUAUUCUUAUUGCUGAUUAACUUUUAAUGUUCGUUAACACAACAAUGUUACUGCCUAAUGCAUUUUACGAUGGACCCAAUUUAUGUAGGCUAAUAUGUUUUCCUAUUAACAAUUUAAUUUAAAUAUAGUUAUAAAUUAUUU